AUGUCGAUUCCUGGCCGGGGAUGGAGGUUGGACAUAGUCAUUAGAUGUAAUAGUGUACAUUAUCGAUUCUGUUAUCUAUUGACUGUACAAGUAUCGAUUAGACGGAUCCGAGCACGUGUCCGCCAGAGGCGCCCCCGAGUCAUCGAUUACAUGAUCAGAUCAGAUCUAUCGAUAAAAUUUUUUGAACUCAUAAAAAUGGGAAAGGAAAAGACUCACGUCAAUGUCGUCGUCAUCGGUCACGUCGACUCCGGCAAGUCGACCACCACUGGCCACUUGAUCUACAAGUGUGGUGGCAUUGACAAGCGAACCAUCGAGAAAUUUGAGAAGGAAGCUGCUGAGCUCGGCAAAGGUUCCUUCAAAUACGCCUGGGUGCUCGACAAGCUAAAGGCUGAGCGUGAACGUGGUAUCACGAUUGAUAUCGCCCUCUGGAAGUUCGAAACGCCCAAGUACAUGGUUACCGUCAUCGAUGCCCCCGGACACCGUGAUUUCAUCAAGAACAUGAUCACUGGCACCUCUCAGGCCGAUUGCGCUAUCCUCAUCAUCGCUGGAGGAACUGGUGAAUUCGAGGCUGGUAUCUCCAAGGACGGUCAGACUCGCGAGCACGCUCUCCUCGCCUUCACUCUCGGUGUCCGUCAACUCAUUGUCGCUGUCAACAAGAUGGACACCACCAAGUGGAGUGAGGACCGCUUCAACGAAAUCGUUAAGGAAACCUCCACCUUCAUUAAGAAGGUCGGUUACAACCCCAAGGCUGUCGCAUUUGUGCCCAUCUCCGGCUGGCACGGUGACAACAUGCUGGAGGAGUCCGCCAACAUGCCCUGGUACAAGGGCUGGACCAAGGAGACCAAGGCUGGUGUUGUCAAGGGUAAGACCCUUCUCGACGCUAUUGAUGCUAUCGAGCCCCCCGUCCGUCCCUCCGACAAGCCCCUCCGUCUCCCCCUCCAGGAUGUCUACAAGAUCGGUGGUAUCGGUACUGUGCCCGUCGGUCGUGUUGAGACCGGUAUCAUCAAGGCCGGAAUGGUCGUCACCUUUGCCCCCUCUAACGUUACCACUGAAGUCAAGUCCGUCGAAAUGCAUCACGAGCAGCUCGAGCAGGGCAACCCUGGUGACAACGUUGGCUUCAACGUCAAGAACGUCUCCGUUAAGGAUAUCCGUCGUGGAAACGUUGCCUCCGAUUCCAAGAACGACCCCGCCAAGGAGGCUGCUUCCUUCAACGCACAGGUCAUCGUCCUCAACCACCCUGGUCAGAUUGGUGCUGGCUACGCCCCCGUCUUGGAUUGCCACACUGCCCACAUCGCUUGCAAGUUCGCUGAGCUCAUCGAGAAGAUCGAUCGCCGGACAGGUAAAUCGAUCGAAGCCUCGCCCAAGUUCGUCAAGUCUGGUGACGCCGCCAUCGUCAAGCUCAUUCCCAGCAAGCCCAUGUGCGUUGAGUCUUACAACGAAUAUCCUCCUCUCGGUCGUUUCGCCGUCCGUGAUAUGAGACAGACCGUCGCCGUCGGUAUCAUCAAGUCUGUCGAGAAGACCGACAAGACUGGAGGCAAGGUGACGAAGUCGGCUGAGAAGGCUGCCAAGAAGAAGUAA